AUGAACGCUCAGAGUAAUCACUGUAAAUACUUUCCCAGAACUGUUUUCGGACGUACCAAAAAAUGUCUAAAUGAUGCUUCAAAAGAAAAUUCAUCCAACGCUUUGGUAGAGCAGCUCCAAAGGAGGCUUAUUAACCGUGGCACUUACUUUGAGCUUGAAAUUUCUGAUGGAUUUCCUACGAUUGCUGAUUUACCCAUAGAACUUUUAACAGUGAUCGUUAGAUAUGUGGUUGGCAGCGAGUUAGAUGUCAUCAGUUUAGAAAUGUUGUCUUUGGUUUCAUCAGGAUUCUAUCUAUUGGCGAGGAAUUACGACAUAUGGUAUUUAAUAUGCAAGAAAAUUUUUCGGGUACCGUGUCCCAAUGUUGUACGUGAUGUUGAUUGGCGCCUAAUGUUUAUGACAAUACCUCACUUGUAUUUCCACGGUGUCUACAUUGGGAAAUGCUCGUAUGUUCGUUAUGGUGAAGCGUCAUUUCAGGUUACACGGCAGUGUGAGCCGUCAGAUAAGUCCCUUCCUGGACGUUCAAGUGGAAGGCACAAAGGGAAAUACAUUCCUCACGAGGUUGCCAAACAAGAAUUUCAUAUUCAGCUUCGUUUUGGAGGAAGUAAAAGACGUGCACCUCACUGCGUUUUGCAGUGGGUUAAGUAUGAUUGCAAAGUCACAUAUCUCAGUGGUGAAACCUCAGUCACUUCAUUUGACCUUGUAGAUAAACGAUAUUUUCCUCUACUUUUCUUUAGUAGAGUUAGGAGCUUUGCGCAACCAGAGCAUGUAGAUAAUAUUCUGGAAUGA